AUGGAUCCUAUUAGCCCAAUAUAUCUUCACCUUUCAGAUGGUCAGGCAUUAUUUGUUGGGAUUGAGAAACUCCAUGGACCUUCCAACUUCAGGUCAUGGAAGAGACCCAUGGAUAUUGCUCUAUCUGCAAAGAGAAAGUAUGGAUUUGUGACUGGAACACUAAAGAAAUAUCUUGAUGAUGAUGUUAAAUCAAAAGCAUGGGAUACUUGUAAUAGUAUGUUUUACCAGAUGUGGACAAAACUGGAAAGGAGAUUUUCUCUCACAAAUGGGUCUAGGAAAUACAAACUUAAUAAAGAUUUGUAUGAGACCAAACAACAUGGAAAAAGGAUUUGUGAGUAUUAUACAAGAAUGAAAGCAAUAUGGGAAAAGCUGGAAUCACUUCAUGCCCUUCCUGUAAUCACUAUAAUCACCUUUGAAGUGAAUGCUUUCUUGACUUCUCUGAACAAGCAAAUGGAAGAACACAAGUUGUUUCAAUUUAUGAAUGGUCUUGAUGAAGUAACGGACCUCAAAGGAGUCAGCCUCUUAUAA